CUCUUCGGUCUUGUGCUAUCUUUCGUCCCAGGGUGGCGAAUCCUACUCGCAUUGACCAUAAUACCUGCAUUGUUUCAAUUAUUUUUAUUGCCGUUGUGUGUAGAGUCACCAAGGUAUUUAGUUUCAAGGCAUCACUUAGCAAAGGCGGAGGAUGCCUUGCAAAGACUAAGAGGUGGAUAUAAUAUAGAAAAUGAGUUCAGAGAAAUUGUUAAAGGACAGGAAGAUAAUGAAGUUGAUAUCGAAGAGAGUAAUGAAGCUACUGCAUUCUCGGCGAAGAAAUCGUUAACUUUAUGGGAAAUACUUCAGGAUUUGGAUUGCAGAAGAAUGCUUAUGAUCUGUGUUGGAUUGAAUGUUAUCCAACAGUUGUGUGGAAUAAAUGGGAUCAUUUUUUACAGUACCGCAGUUUUUCUUAAAAUAUUCGGCGAAAAUGCAAAAUAUGCAACCAUAGGAGUUGGCGUUAUAAACUUGAUUAUGACAUUGGUCACCAGCUACUUGAUUGACAAAAGAGGACGCAGACCAUUGCUUUUAACUUCGCAAACAGGAAUAUGUAUUUCAUCAGUAUUGGUGGUU